AGGCGGGCGCCACUGGGCUCGCGGGUUCUCCUGGGCUCUCCCGGGCGGCCCCAGGAUCCUAGGCGCCCAGCCAGCCAGACCUGAGAAGGAGGAUUUGUAUGGCCUUGCGGCCGCCCCGCUUCUCCUGGGAAGGGAGAUCGGGUGCUGGCAAGGGCACUCCACAGCCACUGGAGUGGCUUCGCGGAUGGCCUGGCUUCACGCUGAGGCUCUGGCCCUAGAGUCUGUGUGGCUAGUGUCCGGUACUGGAAAAGGCAUGGAGAGUCAGGGGUUGCUGCUUUCCCCACCCGCCCUCACCGCUGCCAGUGCCCCACGGGCGGUUUGCAGCUGCAGAUCUGGCACUGACGCGGGAUGGUGGAGCUUCCCUUAGAUGGCAUCAGGGUCGCCAAGUGCACAGCCUACCUGGCCUCAAGGUCAUUUUUGGAUGAAUUAAAGGCGUGUGUGGCUUCUGACGAUAUUGAAGGCAUUGUGUGCCUCAUGGCUGCUGUGCAUAUUAUCCUGGUUAUUAAUGCAGGUAAACAUAAAAGUUCAAAAGUGAAGGAGGUUGCAGCCACUGUUCACAGAAAACUAAAGACAUUCAUGGAAAUUACUUUGGAAGAGGAUAGCAUUGAAAG